UAAUGUUGGUGACCCUGAAAACCUGACAACUGACAUCAAAUUUUCAUAAUCUGAGGAUUGUACUUAAUUUUGGUAAUAAUCUUAUGUAAACCGGCGGCGUUUGUUCUUUUUGUGUCUUUGGUGCCGGAAAAUUAUAAGCUUCAUAUGAGAAAGCUAGGGAAAAACUCAUAUUAGCUGAAGUUACAUCUGAUUUAAAGACAGAUGGUGAACGUGAUUCUAAGCAAUACCGAAAAGUAUCAAAGAAAAAACGUUUGUCGACCUCAAAUGAAGAAGGUAGCGAGAGUGACAGACAGUCGUAUCCCUCACCAUCAAAAAAAAAAGUUGAUUAAAGAUUACGCACACAAAGAUGUUCAGAAGUUACUCCUGCAAAAAAAAUAUCUCAGAUUGAAGCACAUCGUUCACAAACUGAAUCAGUACCUGUUCCAUAUGAAGAAGCAAGUGGUUCACAAAUUGUUUCACCAUCACCUCAUUUAUAUCAAGAAGCAAGUUAUUCACAAUCGGUACCAUCGCUUUCAUAUGAAGAUUUUCAAAAACGAAUAUUCAAAGAAAUACAGUCCAUAAAAGUUGGAUUUACCAAAUUAGCACAAACUAUUGAAC